UUUACAUUUUCAAGUAUAAGAAAUAAUUGUUAAUAAUUUUGUUUUAGAAACAUAGUAUUAACAAUUAAAAAUUUUUUUUUAUAAAGCAACAAUGCUUUUUUUAAAUAUUUUUAUGUUGGCAAUAGUAUGUGUAAGUUUUUCAAGUUGUAAUCCUGUAUAUCCAAGAGGACAACAAUUCUUGCCAUCACCAAUUGGUUAUCGAGCUUACCGAUCAGCAAAUGGACCUCGUGCUUCGCCACAAAGUACAAUGGUAUUCCAUGGAUAUUAUGCCCGACCUGUGAUAAGGACACGACAAGGUUUACCACUUCCAGAUGGUGCAAUGACAGCAUUUGCCGCUGGUGAAACCGUACAAACUGGUUCAGCAUACCUUCCUCCAAAUCCAGAAUAUAUUCCCGAUUGUAGAGCUGUCAAUUGUCAAGAAACUCAAGAUUCCCAACGUGUGGCUCCAAUCUCAAUUGAUGGAAAUCAACAGCCAUCAAACGAGUUACAACCACCAGAAAACGAACCUGAAAGUGUUGAACAACAGGAGCCUGAACAAAAUCAAAUACCAAUUGAUUCAGAUGUACCCGUAACUGACAGUGAUGAGCCAGUUUUAAUUAGUAGCACAACCGUAAAAUCCGUACCAAAGAAAGCAAAAAAACCAAAUCAACCAAGACGUGAAGAACUUCCUGCCCCAGAUGAUGAGGAAGACGAUGAAGAUGAUGGUUACAAUCCUUUCAUCGGUGGUGGUCGAAGAAAUUUUCCCGUUUAUAAUUCAUUCUUCCCAAUGAUGUUUGGAGGUGGUGGCGGUUAUGGUGGAGUUUCUGGUGGAAGCCGGAAAAAAGGAUCACAAUCUGAUGGUUCGUCGUCGUAUCCAAGUGGUGCAACCGCGAUUGCAAACAGUUUUAGUACUGGUAAAGGUGGAGUUGCCACAAGUCAUGCCACAGCCUAUGGAGGUCCCAGACCUUGAUUUUAAUUAAGUUUACCAUUAUUAUUAU